AUGUAUGGACGGCUGUGGUCCAAGGCCAUUUUUGCUGGCUAUAAAUGGGGUCUCCGGAAUCAGAAGGAACACACAGCUCUUCUUAAAAUUGAAGGUGUUUAUGCUCGUGAGGAAACAGAAUUCUAUUUGGGCAAGAGAUGUGCUUAUGUGUACAAAGCAAAGAACAACACAGUGACUCCUAGUGGUAAACCAAACAAAACCAGAAUCAUCUUGGGAAAGGUAACUCGUGCUCAUGGAAACAGUGGCAUGGUCUGUGCUAAAUUCCAAAGCAACCUUCCUGCUAAGACCAUUGGACACAGGAUCCAUGUAAUUGUGUACCCCUCGAGUACUUAA